CAAGCAAAGCUGCCUGCUCCUCUGCAGGCCUUUUCCAGGAGAGCCAUCAGCCAAUCAGAAACCAGCCACCAUGGGGCCUGUGGAGGGAGGUGUGGCCUUGGCAGUUGGUCUGUGAUUUCUUAGUGGCUGGAGGCAGAAGGGGCUCCAUGCAGCAGGACAAGGAGGCAAAUAACUUUUCAUUCAUCUGCAAACAUGUACUGCCCAGUCUCAUGCUAGUCCUUGUACUGAAAACACAAUAGUGCAGAAGAGCCAGUGCCUCCCACUGAGGAAGAUGUCCGAGCUGGGGCUUAGAGCUGCCAUGGGCCAUGGCUGGGACUGGGGCAAGAGCUGAGAGCUCAGCCUCAACAGCAUCUGUUUGAGUCCUUGUGCCCACAUGAGAAAGGACACCACGCCCUGUUAACUCCACAGACCAGGGGCAUGGUGGCCGGCAGAAGUGGGCUCAGUCAGAGUGAGUUGGGCAACCUCUGGAUGCACGUGCUUCCAUGCAUCGGCCCAUAAGCGUGCCCCUCUGAGAACACACCCAAACACCUGCAUGGAUCCAGAAGUACGAAUGUUCAAAUAUGUAUGUGCUUAUGGGUCUACAGACACAUAUCAGGAUGCUCUCAAAUCUAUGUCCAUAUGUGCCCGUGUGUGAAUGAGCCUGCAUGGACUUGUAAGAGGCACACCUGAGCCUGCCUGGAGCUGUGCACAAGCUUGUGCAAGCCUUCCUAUGCAUGUGUAUGCACACCAAGUGAGCAUGAGGCUGUGUGCUCACAUGUGGACACACCUAGGUCUCUUUAUGUGUCAAGCUUCUACUGUACAUGUGCAACCUCGCAUGUACAUCCAUCGGACACGCCGAUAUGCAUGUGCAAGUUACUAUUCUCUUCUGCCAAUACCUGGGAGUGAUGACGGGGACGGAGAGGGGAGGGGAAGAGGAGGGCUACCCUCCACCCCCAGCAUCAAAAGCCCUGCUCCUUAACACUGGCCCUUGCCUGAGACCCAGGCCACCACAGGGUCUACCUCUUCUCCUUAAGUGGUAUCGCCCUGUCGGUGGAUCAGUUAAAUAUAACCUCACGGAAGGAGUCAACUCAACAACCAAUCCUAAUUCAGAAGAAAGAGACUGACUGAUUCUUCGGGGGCGGGGAGGUGGGGGGCGGCACAGAGCCUUUAUCCCAACUAAUUCUGCUGAUACCAGAAGGGCCUUCAGAUCAAGUGUCAGCCUCUCUAGCCUGAAUAAUUCAUGCCAAGGCCAAGAGUGUUCCCUUCUCAGGAGCCUGUCUCUUUAAAUCAGGUCCUGAGCUUCCCAGUUCUGGGGAAAAAAAAAAAAAAAAAAAUCCAGAACAAAACAAACCUAAAAACAGCUCAGCCCAGCCCCUCUGAGACCCCUACUCCAUGCUGCAAAACUGUUUCUGUUUGGACAACCUCUGGAGCCCAGAACUCUCCGAGGCAUUCACCAUGUAUAGGUGGGGUACCCUGGAGGGGAGGAGGGGCAGGCAUCCAACCCUCAGGUCCUGAGACCCAGAACCAUCUAGCAGGGGUCCCCAGGUCUUGGGGCAGGGGAUGGCAAAGAGCUGAAUCACCACACCCACUGAGUCCCAGGGCCUAGGCGAGGGCUUGGGGGAGGAGUCCAGCCUGGUGGAGGAAAUCAGAUGCCAGAACUCGGGCAGAGAAGCCAGUGAGUUGGGGGAGGAGGGGUGGGGAGAAGGCAGGGGAUGCUGCCGACUUCCUCGGGGUGGAUGGGGUGGGGCUGGAGAAGAAGGUGGUCUCGCGGGACUUGCAGGGGUGUCGACCCAGCCAGGCCUGAUGUAACUGGGGUCGCAGAGGAGGGGGCUGAGGCUGGGGAUUUUCCUCCUCCUAGCGCAGCCUUCUGCUUGAUCACAGGGAUUAGGAAGAGGCGGAAAAAUGAGGUUCUUGCCCAGCCCACCCCUCAUCCCUGCCUGCGCUGGUCGGAGGAACUCGAACGUCUUCCCCCCAGUUUCUCUCUCGGUGAUGCUGACCCACCUGCCAGCCCUCCCCGCCCGGGCGGGCCCCGCCCCACACGUGCCGGAGAGGGAGGAACCAGCUUAAACGCGGCGGGUAGGGGGAGAUGAAGCGGAGGCAAGUCAGAACCUCGGAGCCAAACUUCUCAGCAGCCCAGAAGCCGAGGAGGCAGAGGAGAGAGCGACAGAGAGCGGCAGCCAAAAGCCCUGGUUCUCGGGAGCCUCCCACUCCGCCUCUCUGCAAGGAGGGCGCGGAGACACCACUGGGGGCGGAGGAGGAGGCCAGGAGGCGGGGAGGGGGGAGGCAAACCCUGCCCACUCGGCUCGGAGCCCGGCACCGCCGCGGAAGUCGGAGGCCGGUGCGCAGGGCGAGGAGGGCACCGGGGGCGGGGGGCUCGGCUCCCCGCCUGACCCCUCCCGCUCCAGCCAGGAAAGUGAAGCCUCCUCGGACUGCAAAGCCAGCGGACGGACCGACCGCGAGCGCCAGGAGCUCCGGGUCAAGGACUUGCCCCACCUGCCCCCCUCCCUUGCCCCUCCCCUCCCAGGCGCUCCGAACUCACUGGUGAGCGCGGCGGCCCGGGCGCUGGAUGCGGGGGCAGUCGCGAUGGCCCCGCGCGCGGGACGGCCGGAACACAGGGGCCCGCUGCUGCCGGGACUGCUGCUCGUGGCGGCGGCGCUGAGCCGGCCCGCCGCGCCCUGUCCCUUCCAGUGCUACUGCUUCGGCAGCCCCAGGCUGCUGUUGCGCUGCGCGUCGGGCGCCGAGCUCCGGCAGCCGCCGCGGGACGUGCCGCCCGACGCGCGCAACCUCACCAUCGUGGGCGCCAACCUGACGGUGCUGCGCGCGGCCGCCUUCGCCGGCGGGGACGCGGACGGCGAGGAGGCGGAGGCGGGCGGCGUGCGCCUGCCGCUCCUGACCGCGCUGCGCCUCACGCACAACAACAUCGAGGUGGUGGAGGACGGCGCCUUCGACGGGCUUCCCAGCCUGGCGGCGCUCGACCUGAGCCACAACCCGCUGCGCGUCCUCGGCGGCGGCGCCUUCCGCGGGCUGCCCACGCUGCGCUCGCUGCUGCUCAACCACGCGCUGGCGCGGGGCGGCCCCGCGCUGCUGGCUGCGCUGGACGUCGCGCUCGCCCCGCUGGACGAGCUGCGCCUCCUGGGCCUGGCGGGCAACGCGCUGAGCCACCUGCCGCCCGCCGCGCUGCGCCGGCCGCGCCUGGAGCAGCUGGACGCGCGCCUCAACGCGCUGGCGGGCCUGGGCCCCGACGAGCUGCGCGCGCUGGAGCGCGAGGGCGACCUCCCGGCGCCGCGCCUGCUGCUCGCCGACAACCUGCGCUGCGGCUGUGCCGCGCGCCCCCUGCUGGCCUGGCUGCGGAACGCCACGGAGCGCGUCCCCGACGCGCGGCGCCUACGCUGUGCCGCCCCACGGGCGCUGCACGACCGGCCUUUCCUGGACCUGGACGAGGCGCGGCUGCGCUGCGCCGACGGCGACCUCGACGGUCGCGGGGAAGAAGUGGAACUCGCUGGCCCGGAGCUGGAAGCCUCCUACGUCUUCUUCGGGCUGGUUCUGGCGCUCAUCGGCCUCAUCUUCCUAAUGGUGCUCUACCUAAACCGCCGCGGCAUCCAGCGCUGGAUGCGCAACUUGCGCGAGGCCUGCCGGGACCAGAUGGAAGGCUACCACUACCGCUACGAGCAGGACGCCGACCCGCGCCGCGCGCCCGCCCCGGCCGCCCCCGCCGGCUCUCGCGCCACUUCCCCCGGCUCCGGCCUCUGAACUCUGCCCGCUGGGGCUUGGGGUCCGCCCCUGCCAGCUGAUGAUCUUACUGAGGCUGCCUGGCUCGAAGCCGUGGGUCGGAGACGCCCGCGAGCUUGGGGCUGUGAGACUUGACCCCGACCGACCCGAGACCUUGGGAUUAUGCCAUCUCCCCUACCCGGAGGCCCCAAGCGGUACCCCAUCUCCGCCAGCUUCCAAGAAUUGUCUCCAUCAAAGACCCAGAGACAUCCCUCUUCUGAUUCCAUAAGUCCCACCUGCCCAUCCCAGGCUCUGGCAUCCCUCUUGAACCACCCAAAGCGCGCCCCCCCGACCCCGCGCGAGACUCUGUCCUUCAGUCUAGAGGCCCUGAGACUGCUUCCGCCACCCAGACCUCUCAACAGGAAACAUCCCUCUAGACUACUCUGCACCUGGAGCCCUCAGCUCCGUUCCAGUGCUCAGGGGCCCUCAUAUCCUAUUCCGGUAUCAGGCAGAGCGCCCCCCCCCCCCAAGGUUUUUGUGAAUUUUGAGCCUUUUUUCCCCUCUCAUUCUGGAGCUCUUAACUCUCCAUCCUAGAGACCUACAUCCGGGGGUUCUGAGAAUCGAGCACCCUUCCCCAACCUGUGGAUGUGUUUCAUACCACCCACCACCCGGCUCUGGUUCAGGCCCCUCACUUCCUUGGCCCCCUCCUUCCUUGGCCCAGCUCCUGUCUGUCUUUCCCGUCCCAGGGACAGGCAAACCCCGUUAUCACCUUAGUGCGGAGCCAGUCCUCAGCCUUUCCACUUUUGGCUCUGAGCCCCCAAUACUCAGUGCUUGUCCCCCGUCUCAAACUCUCGGCUCUUCACCUCAAUCCGAGUUUCAUCCGCCUGCCCAAGUCUUGGGCUCUCCGUCCCCCUCACGGCCAUCAUUUGCACUCAGUACCGCACCUGCUGCUCACGAGGUCAGCGAGGAAUCCAUCCUUGGGCUAUAUGCACCUGUGCUUCCCUCUGAGGGUGAGCUCUCCAGCCCUGCAAAACAGGCGCCGGUGCCAAGCAUCCCCAGCCGUCCAGCAGAUCCCCGUGGGAGAUCCUGGAGGGGAGAGUCCUGGGGGUGCAAAGUAGAUGGGCUGGCCUCAGACCCGGUGUCACCUGACCAUUGGGUCACAGAGAGGGGUGGGGGAGGGGUCUCUGAAGGGCCAGGAGCUGCUGCCCUCAUGUUCUCCCCGCCCCCCAUUGACUCCUCCCCUGGGAAUUUUUGCUGCCGGCUUCCCACCCCUGUCUCCCCUCCCCCUACACCUUCUGGAUGAGGAAGGGGGUUCUCUCCUCCUGUCUCAGGCACAAGCCCUCCUGUCCAGGGUCAGAGCUCAGCGCCCUGCCUUCUGCAUGAUCCCAAAGCACAACUGGUGAGAGGGGAGGGGGCUGCCUCUCCCUGACUCCCACCCCCAGGUCAGGCGGAAUGGCUGGUCUGAGCUGCCUCUGCGCACAGGAGGUUCCCCUCCCCCACCAUAUUGGCUUGAGGCCUGUCUUCCCGCCCCCACCCAAGAAAUCUGAGUCUCCCUUGAGCAGUUUUCUAUAAAGUCUGCAAUAAUCUCA